UUGAGAAAAGUCAGCGUCUGCUCACCGCACUCCCUGGCUUCCUGUCGCUCGCUCGAAUGCAUUCUACUUUACAGGCGGAACUGAGGUUCAGCCAGAUCCUUAAGUCCACCUGUCGCCAGUGCGCCCGACAACAGUCCAACAGACCACGUUCAUUCCAUAACGCUCGUCGAUUUCGCGCUCCUCAAGAGCCUACCAGUAAUGCAGGCUCGACAAACGGACGAGAUGCCGGAGAUGAGGCGAACAAUAUACAGGCUCGGGCGGAGAUAGCGAGAGAAAAGGCCAGACUCGAAGAAGUCAAAUCGCAGGUUAUCCAACAGCGGCCAACACCUACCGAUCCCCCUUCCGACAAUGUUGAUCAACCACAAACACAGAGCUUCUAUGGCUCCUCUGCAAAGAGGCGACUCCGAAGUCGAAUGCUCAAGGAUGUGGAACCGGACCAGAAGACUCCAGAAUGGCUUCUAGCAAACAAUAUUUCUUUGUACGGCGAAGGGACUCUAGCGGUAGGAGCACCUUCAAGGAUCCAAGUGGUGCCCGCCGAUUUGGUUACUGGAGAGCCUUUGGAGCACAGCACUGCUUCGGGCCCGAAUGGCGAUCCCCGCGAUCCGAAUAAGGAAGAUCAAGAGUCGGAAGCAAAACGGCAAUUGCCUGUGGAAGACGAAGAGUCGUUAACCUCGGACGCGGGAAGGUCGUUUUCUCCGAAUGCAGGAACGCCUUCUUCGGUUGAAAAGAGAUAUUAUGUCAUUGCCGGGCAGUACGAAGAGGUCGAAAGGACGGCGAGGGGGCUUAUGCAGAUACCACAAGUCAAGGACACUCUGGGUGAGACAGAUUUCAUGAAAAGCCACCUACUCGUUCAGUAUGCCGGCAAGGAUGGUGAUCUACUGCUUGAGCACGUUGUUGAAGAUCUGGCCCGCAAUCUCGGUGCCGAUCUCAUGGUGUUGGACGCCCAGGAUAUUGCCGACCUUAUCUUUCGCUCCAAUCAACAGUCGCGCACUGCUAAAGCCGGACGUAUGUUGAGCUAUGAUGUCUUUACAAGUGCAUAUCCCACAUCUCCUGAAUUCAGUCAAACACAGGCACCCAGGGAAGAGGAUGAAGAUGACGACGACAUGAUGGACGACUUUGAGAGUCCGCCAAAUUCUUCUCAGAUGGGCAUGCCUGUGAUAAUUGGGAAGCCGAUAUCCAUCGAUCUGAAGACGAUGUUCUCGCCUGGUGGAAGAACAACAAGUGGCUCGUCAUCCCAAGACACAACACGCCCGUUUGUUGGUGUAGUCGACAGUCUAUUGAACAGCUUCUUAGAGAAACGUCUGAAGCCCACCGAGAGAGCCACGAGCAACCCUUUAGCUAGGAGUCUGAAACUUGAGGAAUUACGCGAGUACACAUCAAAGCAAACGGGCGUACCGAAAGAUGCAGCUAUUUUACAUGUCAAGGACUUGGAAGCGAUCCAAGAAACCAGUAUCGGUAAUCAGUUCCUUCAGGAGCUGUAUCGACAAGUGGCCAAGAGAAGAAGGUCAGGGACACCCCUUCUCCUCGUAGGCACAGACUCGGCACGCGAAGACCAGGAACCUUUCACGACGCAACGGAUCACUGACACCCAGACCGGAGAGCGUGAUGAGAUCUCCCACAACAUCAUUUUGACCCCGGUCUUACCCAACACCACCUCCAAACUCGCCCUUCUUCAUGACCGGAAGCAGCGCAUUGCCACGAUCAACAUGCGACAUUUAUGGGAGAUGAUGAGAUAUCGCAAACCAUCUGUGUUCGCUCAUCUUGAACCCGGAUUCUGGCGGCGGGACUUCUUCAACCACGUCACUAAGAGUGAUAGGACCUGUCUGGAAGCACAGGUCUGGAGCCAUUCGUAUGUGCAACGCCUGGCCACGUACAUUGCUGGAGCCGCACCGCCAAUCAGCAAUAUUCCCGGUAUCACAGACAAGAAAGAACUUCAAGAUUCUCUGGCCGCUGUUCAAGGCUUCUCGGAGCCCGUCAUCUCUGCGGCGACGGCUCACUUGCAUCAUAGCGACAAGACCAAGACACGGUGGGCGGAAAAGCAAGAAAAAGAGAUGAAGGUGGAGACGCCCGAACGACAGAAGCCCAAAGAAGAUGCACGACUCGCCGCAAUCCGGGCUUCGGCUUCGAAGUACGAAAAGCGCUUGAUGGGCGGCAUAAUCGAAGCAAAGAACAUCAACACAACAUUCAACGACGUUCACAUGCCUGUGGAAACCAUCGACACCCUCCAGACCUUGACGACGCUCUCGCUUAUCCGGCCUGAUGCUUUCAAGUACGGCGUUCUUGCGUCGGACAAGAUUCCAGGUCUAUUGCUCUAUGGCCCCCCAGGCACGGGCAAGACUCUAGCUGCAAAGGCUGUCGCCAAGGAGUCCGGCGCGACCAUGCUAGAGGUCAGUGCGGCCGACAUCAAUGACAUGUACGUGGGCGAAGGCGAGAAGAACGUAAAAGCACUCUUCAGUCUGGCCAAGAAGCUGUCACCAUGUGUGAUUUUCCUCGACGAGGCGGAUGCCAUGUUCAGCGCGCGGAGCAACCAAGGCCGACGUGUCAGCCAUCGCGAACUGCUCAAUCAGUUCCUCAAGGAGUGGGACGGCAUGAGCAACGAUUCCGGCAGUGCGUUUAUCAUGGUCGCGACCAACCGACCUAUGGACUUGGAUGAUGCCGUACUACGUCGUCUUCCCAGGCGUUUGUUGGUUGAUCUGCCCACGGAGCCCGAUCGAUUGGCGAUUCUGAAGAUCCAUCUGCGGCAUGAGACCCUUGCCGACGAUGUCGACUUGGCCCUCCUGGCGAAGAGGACGCCUUUCUACUCGGGCUCUGAUCUGAAGAACGUCUCCGUGGCGGCUGCCCUCAACGCUGUUCGUGAAGAGAAUGAACUCGCAAAGAACCACACAGGCGAGGAGCCCUACCAACAUCCCGAGCGUCGGACCUUGAGCUGGAAACACUUUGAGAAGGCGCUCGAGGACAUCUCCGCUAGUAUUUCUGAGGACAUGAGCUCGUUGAGAGAGAUCAAAAAGUUCGACGAGCAGUUUGGCGACAAGCGCGGCAAGAAGAAGAAGACUCCUCGUUUGGGGUUUCCAACUCAGGAAGAGGAGAAGGCGCGUGACACGGUAAAAGUGCGAGAGUAAGGCUUCUCGAGCAGUCAUGGACUUUGGUAAUAAACGCUCGGAUACAGAACAGGGUUGGAUGUCCUAAAAUGCCUAGGUAGCGGCUAGUAGAUGUUAAUUAAGAAGAUACACCAUCUCUUGCGAAACCA